UCUCAGCGUGCGAGCGAUUCAUUGACGCCCACCCAGAACACCGUUGAGGAGUAGCGGUGACAAGGAGACCUAAACAUGGCACAACAGAUUGAAGCAUCGACAAAGCCGUCCUUCAUGACGCGGGCCAGCACCUUCGCUUUGAGCAAGAUGAAGGUGGGCACACCUCUCUAUUCGCUGGCCUAUGGCGUAGCUGGUGGCAUCAUUUUGUCCGGCCUGGUCUACGCUGGGCGAUGUGCCUAUCUCAUGUGCUUUGACCACGAGUACUACAAGAUUCAAAGCCGCAAGCGAUACUAUGAGAAGCAGCUUCUCUUCUUCCGAGAGCAAGAGGAGACCAACUCGGCCCACUAUUUGGCGUCCUUAUCCGCCGAGUAUGACCCUGUGGCUACGCGCAUGCCUUUCCAACCACUGGAUGCCAAGUACCGUUUCUAAAUCUGCGUUGCAGAAGUUGAUUUGAGCGAAAUAUGUUUUAGAAAUUUGUAGAGCCACAUUUGGUGAGGUGGGCCGCCGCGUUAAGAGAGAUCACGGAUCACAGAUGUUCUUCC